AUGGUGGUGGUGAGGGCGUCUCUGAGUGCGGCGCCGGCGGGUUCCUGCUCGGCUGUGCUGGCCGUGUCCAUGAUGCCGCCGCUCCCUGUGCAUGACGUUGGUCUCGUGCUGCUUUGGCGGCCGGCGGUGGCGCCGCUGGAUGAUGCGCAGCCCGAAGAGCCAGGUGGAGGUUAUCUCAAGAGCGGCCAUCUUGGCGUGUCUGGCAGCCUCGCUGAGGAGGGCUUCGUCGUGAGCAGUGAUGGAAAAGGGUCGUCUGACGUCGGGACUGUCUGGACUUGA